ACCACCACUACCACCGCCCCUUCUCUUCCCCCACUCUCCAAGUUGAUGCCAAGGCAAGAGUCCCACAUCACACAGAUGAAUAGCCGGUCUGUUCCAGCAGCUGUGCUUUCCCUCCCACCGGGCAAAGGCACUGGAGAAUCCAGAAAGCGGCAGACUUGAUCUCUUCUACAGGCUCAAGAGGACUGAAAAGAAAACCCGGGAGGCCAAAGGAUGGGAUCAGAAGGGGAGAUGAUCAACCUUCAUACUGGUAAUCCUGGCUCCAGGACAGAACAUGUUAUCAACAUAAACCGUUAUGCAACCAAGAAAAGUGUGGCUGAGAGCAUGCUGGAUGUGGCCUUGUUCAUGGCCAACGCAGCGCAGCUGAAGGCGGUGCUGGAACAGGGGCCUUCCUUCCAAUAUUAUGCUGUCCUGACAGCUUUCAUCACCAUUUCCCUCUUCUUCCAGACAGCCAUCGGGAUACUCCUCAUUCUCAUGGCUCGAUUGAACCUGAAUGAUGUGGGGAAACAGCAACGUCUGGAUUUGCUCAACAACAUUGCCACAAUCCUUGUCUUCAUCACAGUCAUUGUCAACAUUUUCAUUACCGCCUUUGGUGUGCAGAAGACAGGACUUUAUCCAAGUGGCUAUGGCCGGAGAAUCUACUGAGCCUUGCAAGGGCUGGAGCACAUGACGGAUGAUCUGGAUUUUUUUUUUUACAAUUUUUCUGACCUCGGACCUGAUGUUCCAUAUAUGAGAAGCAACUUUUUGGGUCAACCCAGUUACAGACUUUUGAGAGGUUCUCUAUGGGCAUUCUUUCUACAAUGUGCUUGCUGCUCUGAAGAGUAGAAGAUAUUUUUUCUUAUUGCAGAAGCAGAACCUCUUCAUUUAAUUUAAGAUAUAGAAUAAUUGUCUUUCCCCCGAACUCACUGUUCUUUGUUUUCCCAACGUCCUGCAAUGAGAUCCACAAGCAAUUAUACAAAAGGGUUUAAUACAAGGGAAAGCUGCUUUGCUCGUAGGAAAAGAGUAGCAGCAGUCAAUAGGAACAAUUGUUUUGAAGUUUUUGAAAAAUUGGAUAUAUCUGCAAAUGAAUGAAAAACCUGUAAUAACUGGUUAAUAAGAAACAUUAGGAAUUACCAAAAUGAGUAUCUAGAGACACUAAUGUUGCAUGUGUCAGAAAAAAAUGAUGAAUUAAACCACCUCCUGCAAACAUACAGCAACCCACCUGCCUAGAGAACAACCUACUCAUUUUGGUUGUCUCUGUUCCCAUCACUCCAAUACAAAAAUAUAUCGGCAUUAACCAGCUUCUUGUUUAAAAGUGUGAGUCCCAGAAGAUCAUGUAUUGUAGGCUAACUUGGAAAGCAACCCAUUUCUUCCAGGUGUAAGCAUGAAGGAUAUCUCUAGUCUGAGUUCAGGGAAAAGAGAGGACCAGCUAUGAGGACAUUGAGAAAUAAGGAUACAUCACCUGGGUAACUUGUUUCUAAUUUCAAAAAGGGAUCAACCCACCUUCCAGCAUGGUGAAGGUGGCAUUGUGGAGGUAGAAGGGAGGAGAGUAGAAGUUUACAGAAGAAAUUGGUAAAGGGAAUGGUUCAGAAAUGGGCACAAAGAAAAGUAUAUUCUGGCUUCACCCAUGGCUGGCUUCAGCCCUACCUAUCACUGACAUGCAACUUCUGAUAGGCUACCUCCAAAGGGAUGUGUCCCUCAAAGAAGAAAAAAGGGUUUCCCACCCAAGAGCAUCCAUCAUGCCUCAGUGGUGGCACUGAGGUUCCAGUGAAGGCAUGGAGCUCUCACUGUUGAAAAGGCUACCAUGUGUGAUAUACCUGGAGA